CUUUGAAUCCCAUCUUCUCUCCUUUUGGUCCCUCAUCGAAGCUUUCUUCGUUUUCGCCCAUUUCCCAUUCAAAAUCUUGCAGAGAAUCGAUCUUCUCUGUCACAAUUUCUUUAACAUAAAACAGUUCAAAACCCUAAGAAACCCCAAUUUCCGAUUUAGGGUUCUUCAAUUCUCUCUUCUUUCAUCCCAAUUUCUGGUCCUGUUCAGAGGAAACCCUAAAACCCAAUUUGUAAAAUGAUUUGUAUCUACUUAUUUACUUCAAAGUAGGGUUUCAAAAACCCGAUUUGUAUAUCCAACAUUCUUCCGAUUUAUCUCUCUCUAUCUAUCUUCUCCUUUUCAAACUCAAUUUGCAAAAAGAUUCGCUCUUUCUUAUUUUAGAUAACAAGGGUUUUGAAACCCUAAGAAAUCUCCUGCUUUUUGGUCGAGUGAAGUGACUGACGACAAAUCCUGGGAGUAAAUUUGCAAAAAGAUCACAAGGGUUUUGAAGUUUGAAGGAGAACUGGCGAUGAGAGGGGAUAGAAUGGCAAAAAGAUCGUCUUUCGGGAAGACGAUAAGAAAGAGGCUAUCUGAUAUCACAAACUAUCAGCCACAACCCAAAUCGCCACCGGUUUUUGAUCAAAUGCUUCCAUCUUCAACCAAAGAGUACAUUGAUCAUCUCUCAAAGGAAAAUGCAGGGUUGAUGAAGCUUAUUACAGACAAAAACAAAGCCAUAGAGUUGAAUGGCGUUGAGCUUCAGAAGCUGCGACUUAUUGUUCAGAAAACACAGUUGCAGAAUUGGAACCUUGCUCAAUCAAACAGUCAUAUGAUGGCGGAGCUUAAUUUAGGUAGACAGAAGCUAAAAGCACUGCAACAUCAACUUAUCUGCAAAGAUACUUUGCUUAAAACCAUGAAGUUGGAGCAUCAGGCCCAGAUUGAGAUGAAGGACCAAAAGAGUGGAUCUCAGGAAGGUGAUGAUGAUGUUGAUACGAAACAGAGAAACACCAACAGACGUAUGCGUCCAACGAGAAGUCAAUCAACUGGUCCCUUAACUACAGUUCAACAAGUCUCUGAGAAAGAAACAGCUGAGAACAAAAGGCAAUGUGUGAGAAGGCAAUCGGCUAGAUUCAGAUCACAAGAACAUGAACCAAAGGAGAAGUUGUUUGAGAUAAAAGAUCUCAAGAUGCAUGAAGAUGGUCCAACUUCAAAGGUGAUUGAACAAAAAGAUGGAAAAUGGAGUUCUCAAGAAUCACAAAGAAUGUCAUUUGGCCGGCCAUCGCGUAGAGCUGCUGAGAAGAUCCAGUCUUACAAGGAAACUCCUCUCAAUAUCAAAAUGAGGAGACCAGAGUGAGACAUUUGUUUUUUCAAGCUAUCUAAUUUGUCUAUUGUUUUCUUUGUGAAAUAUGUAUAAAACUCUGGCAACAAUCACAUUUCAGUUCCAUUUCGUAAUGGAAACAAAAUUUCAUAUCGGGUUCUGGAUCAAGUUAAUGACAAUGAUUCGAGAAUGAAUAAGCAAAAAUGGAAUUGAAUAGCUUUAUUUUGGGUAUGAAAGAAGUAAGGAAUGUGCAGAAGGUUCAACCUC